AUGAGCGUAGUCCCCAAUCUGUUUUGAGACAUCACCCUGUCCUCACUCAUCCUGGGUGUCCAGGGAGGGAGCCAGUGCCUGUCGUGUGGGCCAGGACAGGAACGAGGUCUGAAUCUAGAGCCAGUGGACAUCAUGGAGCUUUCCCGCAGCCCCAAGGAGUCCAGGGGCUUCACCUUCUACCAGCGGGACACGUGGCUCACCUCCAGCUUCGAGUCGACCGCCUUCCCGGGCUGGUUUCCAUGCACGGCGCCCUAGGCUGACCAGCCUCUUUGACUCACCCAGCUCCAAGGUGACACUGGUUGGGGCCAUCCCAUCAGAGACUUCUACUUACAGUAGUGUGACUAA